CUUGACAGACGUGACCCUGAUCCAAUAAAGAUGAAGGGCUGAGCCCCGCAGAGCCAAUAGCGAGAGUCCUAAGGGUGGAGGAGGUGGACUCUGUGAGGAAACAAGAAGACAGGCCCAAGAUGGAGGCGGCGGCGGCUGUAGCGGCGUGACAGGAGCCCCAUGGCACCUGCCCAGCCCCACCUCAGCCCAUCUUGACAAAGUCUAAGGCUCCAUGGAGCCACCACGGGGCCCCCCUGCCAAUGGGGCCGAGCCGUCCCGGGCAGUGGGCACCGUCAAAGUGUACCUGCCCAACAAGCAACGCACGGUGGUAACUGUCCGGGAUGGCAUGAGUGUCUACGACUCUCUAGACAAGGCCCUGAAGGUGCGGGGUCUAAAUCAGGACUGCUGUGUGGUCUACCGACUCAUCAAGGGACGAAAGACGGUUACUGCCUGGGACACGGCCAUCGCUCCCCUGGAUGGCGAGGAGCUCAUUGUCGAGGUCCUUGAAGAUGUUCCGCUGACCAUGCACAAUUUUGUACGGAAGACCUUCUUCAGCCUGGCGUUCUGCGACUUCUGCCUUAAGUUUCUGUUCCAUGGCUUCCGUUGCCAAACCUGUGGCUACAAGUUCCACCAGCAUUGUUCCUCCAAAGUCCCCACAGUCUGUGUUGACAUGAGUACCACCUGCCAACAGUUCUACCACAGUGUCCAGGAUUUGUCCAGAGGCUCCAAACAGCAGGAGGCUCCCUCAAACCGCCCCCUGAAUGAGUCGCUAACCCCCCAGGGUCCCAGCCCCUGCACCCAGCACUGUGACCCGGAGCACUUCCCCUUCCCCGCUCCAGCCAAUGCUCCCCUGCAGCGCAUCCGCUCCACGUCCACUCCCAACGUCCAUAUGGUCAGCUCCACAGCCCCCAUGGACUCCAACCUCAUCCAGCUCACUGGCCAGAGUUUCAGCACUGACGCUGCCGGUAGUAGAGGAGGUGGAGAUGGAGCCCCCCGGGGAAGCCCCAGCCCACUCAGCCUGUCCUCGGGGAGGAAGUCCCCACAUUCCAAGUCACCAGCAGAGCAGCGUGAGCGGAAGUCCUUGGCUGAUGACAAGAAGAAAGUGAAGAACCUGGGGUACCGGGACUCAGGCUAUUACUGGGAGGUACCACCCAGUGAGGUGCAGCUGCUGAAGAGGAUCGGGACAGGCUCGUUUGGCACCGUGUUUCGAGGGCGGUGGCAUGGCGAUGUGGCUGUGAAGGUGCUCAAGGUGUCCCAGCCCACAGCUGAGCAGGCCCAAGCCUUCAAGAACGAGAUGCAGGUGCUCAGGAAGACGAGACAUGUCAACAUUUUGCUGUUCAUGGGCUUCAUGACCCGGCCGGGAUUUGCCAUCAUCACACAGUGGUGUGAGGGCUCCAGCCUCUACCACCACCUGCAUGUGGCCGACACACGCUUCGACAUGGUCCAGCUCAUCGAUGUGGCCCGGCAGACUGCCCAGGGCAUGGACUACCUCCAUGCCAAGAACAUCAUCCACCGAGAUCUCAAGUCUAACAACAUCUUCCUACACGAGGGGCUCACGGUGAAGAUUGGUGACUUUGGCUUGGCCACGGUGAAGACUCGAUGGAGUGGGGCCCAGCCCUUGGAGCAGCCCUCAGGUUCUGUGCUGUGGAUGGCAGCUGAGGUGAUCCGUAUGCAGGACCCGAACCCCUACAGCUUCCAGUCAGAUGUCUAUGCCUACGGGGUUGUGCUCUACGAGCUCAUGACUGGCUCACUGCCUUACAGCCACAUUGGCUGCCGUGACCAGAUUAUCUUUAUGGUGGGCCGUGGCUAUCUGUCCCCGGACCUCAGCAAAAUCUCCAGCAACUGCCCCAAGGCCAUGCGGCGCCUGCUGUCUGACUGCCUCAAGUUCCAGCGGGAGGAGCGGCCCCUAUUCCCCCAGAUUUUGGCCACAAUUGAGCUGCUGCAGCGGUCACUCCCCAAGAUCGAGCGGAGUGCCUCGGAACCCUCCUUGCACCGCACCCAGGCUGAUGAGUUGCCUGCCUGCCUACUCAGCGCAGCCCGCCUUGUGCCUUAGGCCCCGCCCAAGCCACCGGGAAGCCAGUCUCAGCCCGCCACACCAAGGAGCCUUGCCCACCAGCCACUUAAUGUGCGUCUCUGCCCUCAUGCUGCCUCAGGAUCCCCCAUCCCCUACCCUGGGAGAUGAGGGAGUCCCCAUGUGCCUUUCCGGUUCUUCUGGAAUUAGGGGACCCCCCAAAAUCUGAGCCCCCUGCCUCCGCCAUCAUUUGGUUUCCUCUUGGCUUUGGGGAUACUUGUAAAUUUUGGGAGCUCUUCCAUCUCCAAAGGCUGGGAUUUGUGGCAGGGAUUCCAUUCAGAACCUCUCUGGAAUUUAUGCCUGAUGUGCCUUCCACUGGAUUUUGGGGUUCCCAGCACCCCAUGUGGAUUUUAGGGGGUCCCCUUUGUGUCUCCCCCGCUAUUCAAGGACUCCCCUCUUCACCAAGAAGCACAGAAUUCUGCUGG